CAGAGCAUCGCAAUUUUAUAGAUAGCCCCACAAUCUCCAACAGAGAUACGAUUGUCAUGCCGUAAACGCUGCUCCCCCGCAGAUACCAGAUACAAUAUACAUACAUAGAUGCCUACGUAUAAGAAUGAUAUCGCAGAAAGUUGGACUUGGAUUCCCAACAUGUAAUGCGAUAAGCAAAUGCAGAAUAUGACCUGUUUUUUCGGAGCACGGGACCCAUGACUUUUUUACGAGCAUUACCGCGGAUUUAUCUUCAUAAUUUUCCAUUCCCAGAACUUUGUUGUGAUGUGAUGUUAACUUCGUAAACAGAAAUGGUGAAAGAAGCGAAGCCUUGACUUUGGACCAGUCCCCUAUCUUCCGUUACGUUGCAAUCUGUGGGAUUACGUAUCUCUUGGUUUUUUUUUUGUUAUUAUUUGGGUAUAAAAGAGCCUCGGCACUCGGGAUCUAUUAACAGUUCAGUAAAACAGUUGAGAGCCAAGAAAAGUGCACGCACGGAAUGCCUUACGUCCUAGCAAACUCCUACGAUGCAGAUCUCAAGAUCUGGAGUGGAUCGGAGAUCGAAGAGUACUUUGCCCCGGAUCUGUCCAUUGGGGAGAUUAUCUUCCAUGAGAUGCGGAGGCAUCCAAAGCUGAUUGCCCAAAUAUCCACCACAGAGGAGACAAUCCUCAUCCGAGAGGAGCUCCACUCGAAUGCGAUGCGCGUGGCCUCGUAUAUGCGAUCGAAGGGUCUCCUCCAGUCUGACAUCGUGGGGAUUAUAGCCAGGAAUACCAGCCAUAUCCCUGCCGUCGCGUAUGGCUGCUUCUUCAACGGCAUCGCCUUCCACUCGCUGAAUAUCGCCUACGAUCGGGGCACCAUCGAGAAGCUCUUUUCCAUCACACACCCACGGAUGAUCUUCUGCGACGGAGACGAGUACGAGAAAGUGAGAGAUGCCACACGGGGUAUGGAGGAUGUGGAGAUCGUUACGAUGCGGAACCAUCCGGAGGGUGGAUCGACACCCAUCGAGCAGAUACUCUCAUCCCCCAUCGAGGAGAACUUUCGGCCCGUGCGACUGGAGCAGGGCAUCGAUCAGACCCUGGCGAUACUCUGCUCCUCGGGCACCACGGGCAUCCCCAAGGCGGUGACCAUCACGAACAGUCGCCAGAUUCUUAUGGGGAGCUACUCCCUCACCACCUCGGAUAUCCAGUAUUGCCACAACACCCUCGAUUGGAUCACUGGCCUCUUGACAACAAUAACAUCUGGAAUUUUCAGCACUACGAGGAUUAUCGCAGACAAUGUCUUCGAUCCUGUCCACAUGAUGCGGCUCAUAGAGGAGUACAAGAUUACCUGGCUCAUACAGGGACCCUCACAGAUGGCGCAAAUGGCAAAUUGUCCUGAGUUUGAAGGCGCCGACUUGUCGAGCAUCCGUCAAUUCGUUUUUGGAGGUGGACGCUCUUCGGUGGAGACCCAGAAACAGAUCAGAAGUCGCUUGAGCAGCGACUGUCUGAACUUCAUGUAUGGAUUCACGGAACUGGGAGCCAUGGGUACCAUUAACUAUCACUUUGACGAGAAGCCCAACUCGGUGGGAAGAGUGGUCCCAGGCUUGAAGGCAAAGAUUAUCAGCGAGGAGGGCAAAUCCCUGGGUCCCAAUGAGCUUGGAGAGGUAUGCAUCCGUAAUGGCCAGUAUUGGGCAGGAUAUUAUGGAAACCCACAGGAGACUCGUAAAAUGCGUGACCCUCAGAUGUGGUUCCACACGGGGGAUCUAGGAUACUUUGAUCAGGAUGGCUUCCUGUACAUUGUGGAGCGGAAAAAGGACAUGCUGAAGUACCAGAACAUCAUGUACUAUCCGAAUGACAUCGAAACGAUCAUCUCCGAAAUGCCAGACGUCGCCGAGGUCUGUGUCUUUGGCGUCUGGGAUCAGGUGUACGGGGACAAGGCUGCUGCCGCUGUGGUGAAGAAACAAGGAACUGAACUCAACGCUCAGGACGUUGAGGACUAUGUGAAGGAGCGCACAGAUUCCAAGUACAAGCAUUUGCACGAAGGUGCCAUCAUUGUGGAGGAUCUCAUACGGAGUCCCAAUGGCAAAACGAAUCGAAAGGCCACCAAAGACUACUUUUUGGAGGUCAAAGAGAGACAGUAGAAGGGGAGAUCUUUUCUUUUUGAAUAAAAUCUGAUAUUUGAUAGAAAAAA